CCCUUUUCAUUUCAAUCUUAGCUCUAGAGAUCACCCUUUUCCCUCCUUCCAUAAAACAGAUAAGACUCAAUCUAUAUUUCUAAAAUUUCAGAAUUAGAUCCCAUAAUAUCUCUAUCAAUUAUCUAUUUCUGUAUAAGAAUAAUAGGAUGUCUCAAAUUUCAACCUAAUCUCCAUCUCUAUAUACGUUACAAAGCCUGUACAGUUGCAGUAACUUUGGCUAACUAUCUAGUUUUCUUGAUCAAGUCUAAUUAUGGAUCACUUGAAUGAAGUAGUAGGGAAAAGAAUCCAUGACAAGAAGAUUGGCGCGACAGCAAGGUGCUUCAUGGUGAGUGGACCUGUUAUAGUUGGUGCUGGCCCAUCGGGAAUGGCGACUGCUGCUUGCCUUAAAGAAAAAGGAAUCCCUAGCUUGAUUCUUGAAAGGGCUAAUUGCAUAGCUUCCUUAUGGCAGCACAAAACCUAUGAUCGCCUUCGUCUUCAUCUCCCUAAGAAUUUCUGUGAACUCCCUCUAAUACCAUUCCCAGAAAGUUUCCCCACUUAUCCAACCAAACAGCAGUUCUUAAACUACUUGGAUGAUUAUGCUAACCAAUUUGGCCUGGAACCAGUUUUUAACGCCACUGUGGUCAAUGCUGAAUAUGACCAUCGCUGUAGGUUUUGGAGAAUUAAGACUUUGGGGCUCAAACAAGAAGAGACUGAGUACAUAAGUCAGUGGUUGAUUGCUGCCUCUGGAGAGAAUGCAGAGGAAGUUAUGCCGCAUAUCGAAGGAAUGCAAACUUUCAAAGGGCCCAUUUUUCACUCUAGCUCGUACAGAUGUGGAGAAAUAUUUCGUGAAAAGAAAGUACUUGUAGUUGGAUGUGGAAAUUCAGGUAUGGAGGUGUCUUUGGAUCUCAGCAACUACAAUGCCCAUCCAACCCUCCUCGUUAGAACAGCGGUGCACGUUUUGCCUCAAGAGAUAAUAGGAAUAUCAACUUUUGGAAUAUCUAUGUUCUUGCUCAAAUGGCUACCCGUACGUCUUGUGGACCAGUUUUUACUUCUAAUGUCGUGGUUCCUGCUCGGAAACACAGCUCAAAUUGGAAUCAAUCGCCCCAAGCUUGGCCCUCUUCAACUAAAGAAUUUGACCGGAAAAACACCUGUAUUAGACGUCGGCACAACAGGAAAGAUUAAAAGUGGGGAUAUUAAGGUAAUUCGCCAAGGAAUCAAGAGAUUGACGAAAGAUAGUGUGGAGUUCGUUGAUGGGAAGAAAGAGAAUUUCGAUGCUGUCAUUCUAGCUACUGGUUUCAAAAGCAAUGUAGUAUCUUGGUUGAAGGAGACAGAUAUGUUUUCUCAGACAAAUGGGAUGCCUCGGAAGCCAUUUCCAAAUGGAUGGAAAGGCGAAAAUGGGCUGUAUGCUGUAGGAUUUACUUACCGUGGCCUCCUUGGUGCCCCCAUUAUUGCAAGAAAAAUUGCUGAAGAUAUUGAGCAUGAGUGGAAAGCUGAGGCCGCAAAUUUUAUAGCUUUCACUCGUGCUUCUGAAUUAUAAGCCAACGUAAGCAUCAAAAUGAAUAAAAUCUUCUACUAAUAACCUGCAACUAAUGCUAAGAAGUUUUUCCUCGUUUGAAGGAGCGAUUAAUCCUAAUUAAUCUUUCAAUUAAAUUUCAUAUUUUUCUUUUUAUUUCUUUUGGCUUGGCGUAGCAAGUGUAUAUCUUGUACAUAGAUUUUGUUUUCCAAUUGAUUUUGGAAUUUAAACUUAA